GUGGCAGAAAAGUGACCCCAGAUUCGAGACAAGUUUUCGAGAAAGCGCUUUCGCGUGAUCAAGGUGGAAAAACAGUCGCUCAUCUCAGUCCCAUGAUUGCAAGGAGUGAUGUGUGCUACCGGCGAGAAGCGCAAAGCUGCAUCGGAUGAUGUUCCAGACUCUGUCAAGAGGAGCAGAGUCGGAGACACUCACGACCUCUCAGAUGAGGGCAGUGACAAGGGCGACACUUUCUCUGUCGCAUCACCCGUUUCCACACCCGGCACCUCGACUCAACCAUCAUCGCCAAAGUCAUCCAAGGCACCCUCCAAACCUCGACAGAACAAGUAUGCCUGCGACUUUGAAGGCUGCACCAAAUCCUAUUCUCGUCCCGUCCGUCUCCAAGAACACAAACGCUCCCACACCAAUGAACGACCUUUCUCUUGCCCCCAAGAAGGCUGCGACAAAACUUUCCUCCGUGAAAGCCACUUGAAGCACCACAUCAAAGCAAAACAUGACGAUGUGCGAGACUAUGUCUGCGAUUGGCCUGACUGCGACAAGGGCUUUCACACUGCUCAGCGAUUAAAACAACACAAGAAGACGCAUGAGACCUCGAAGCCAGACUUCCUCUGUACCGAUUUCCCUCCCUGUAAUCAGAACUUCCGCAAGCAGGAUACCCUCGACAGACACAUUCAGCUCGUCCACCUCCACGAAAAGCCCUACCUAUGCGACCAAACCGAUCGCUUUACUGGCUUGCCUUGUGACGCCCGCUUCAAGACGUCAACCCAUCUGAUCGCCCACAAGGACCGCGAGCAUAGCGGCAAUCGCUUCUGGUGCAAGAUUUGCUCUCCUGAAAUGGCUGACCUUGAUCCGGGUUUGAACCAAGAUGCUUUCGCCAUGGCCGUCGGCUUCCCUACAUACAUCGAGAUGCAGCAACACAUCAAGACGGUGCAUCCGCCUACCUGCUUGCAGUGUGGCCACAUCUGCGCUUCCAAUCGCGACCUCAAAGCACACAUGGAGAUUCAACAUGGUGAUAUUGAAGACCGCCGCAACUACGUCUGUGACUACCCUGACUGUGGUCGUGGUUUCACAAAGAAGGGCAAUCUUGUUGUUCACCAGAAAAGCGUGCACGGGAAGCAGAAGCAGUUCAUCUGCGGAGAGACCGACAUUACAGGCUCGAAGCGUGUUCCUGCCUGGGAUGGUCGUGGCGCUUGUGGUCGUGCUUUUAGUGCAAAGGCGAAUCUCGAAGAGCAUGUCCGCACCCAACACCUGCAUCUGCCCGGAUACGUUCGCCCGGCGAAGAGAACUAAACAAGAGGAGGACGACUCGUUCACGGCUUUCCCGCCCGAAGAUCACAAUACGGUGCUUGCCAGACUUACUGGAGUUGGUUACGAACAUGGGAGAGACAUUGCCUGCCUUGACGACACUUGCCAGCAUCGCUUCAUCAAACCUUUCGAUCUCGAGGUCCAUCUUGAGAUCGUUCAUGGCUACACCAAAACAGAAGCGAUCGAGGCCACUGUCGAGCGCGAAGCUCUUUCUGGCGGUCAGUUCUGGCUAGGUGGAUUGUCUCCUGAUUUUGAGGAGCAACGACUAGCUCAGCAAUUGGACCUGGCUUUGCAUCCUCACGACGACAUGAUGGAUCCUUAUCAGGAUGCUUGAUAUGAUCAUCGAAUGCUCAAAGACUUCCGCGAUCCCCACUAACGACACAAUUCCAUGGCAAUGACGCGUGCAUACAAGUACUAUGUUUUUUGAUUGACCCUCAUACCCGCAAGCGAGAAGCAUUCUGUUUUUAAAAUAGCUCGAUACCCAUGAAUCAAUUGUAAGACUAUAUCGCAUAUGAACAAUAAAUUCACCUUGUGUACG